UGGAAAAACAAGAUGGCCGAACAGCAAUCAACCUAUCAAGUAUCAACUAUCAACCGAUUCCGAUUUGUUUUUAAUGUACAUCAUAGUACAAUCAUACAAUAAUGCGCUUUGAAGUUGAAUAAGUUAAUUCUAAUAUAAUUAUUUGUUUGAUUAUAAUGUACAGUUGAAUUUGAUACUUGUUAUUGUGUACAAUAUCCGUUUUCAUGAAGCGUUAUUAGAUUCAGAUAAAGAGUUAAGAGUAUCAAAAUGGGUAAGGUUUCAACCCCCAAGUCCGGACAAAGUGGUGUAAUAAUUUCCAACGGUAGUAAAGCAAAGACCCCUGAUUUCAAAACAAAAAUUUUAAAGAAAAAAUCUUUUUAUUUUGCUGAUCCUUUCAUUGUACCAAGAAUAGAAACGUACCUUGCUGAAACAAGUGAUGAAUUGGAAGUUGAUAUUGAUACUUUGAUUGAACACCUCAGAACACAAUACAAGGAGUAUGGAAAAAGGAAAUUUGGCCCUUUUGCAGCAAAUGUCAAAAAAGCUGUGAAGUUUAUAAUGCAAAAGCACAGUGUAGAAUCAAGACCAGCUGAGGAUGAGGAUGAGGUUUGUGCAAUACAGGAUCAAGAGGAAGAUGAAGAAGCAGAAGACUUCAACGUGGGUGAAAUCGAUGAAGAAGAAGAAGAAGAAGAGGAGGAAGAGGAAGAAGACGAAGAGGAUCUAGGUGUGUUGGAUGAUGAUGAUGAUGAUGAUAGUGAUGAGUUCGACGGGGACCCUCUUUCGGAUCGCAACGGAAGAAGUGUCAAUACUAGCAGCAAUAAUACCAUGAUGGGAACCGAGAGAAUCGGCAAUGUCAUCAUCAAUAGAGGUUCUGUCUCAAUGAUCAAGAAAGACAAUGACGUCAAUAAUACUUCUCAGGAGCUUAUAAAUAUAAGCAGCGAUGAUGAAGAAGAUGAAGAUGAAAAGUCUCCAUCGCCUCCAAAGCCACCACAAAUUAUAUUCCAAAAUGGAAAAGUGAAUACAGGAACUAAUUAUUUGGUGAAAAAACAAAUCCCCGGCCAACGGCCAAUGAUUAAUAGCACCUAUGAUCCGAGUAAGGUGAUGGGAGACAGGCCUCAAGGUCAGCCUACUCCUGGGCCAAGAACCUUCACCAAACUUAGAUUCGCCGAAGUAAAGAAUCCCAGUAUCACGCUGAAAGAUGUCGGCGGCUAUAGCAAAGUGUUGAAGGAUGUAGUGGAGUUGGUGGUGCAUCUAAAACAUCCAAAGAUCUACCACUUCUUGGGGGUUACUCCUCCUAGAGGUUUCCUGUUACAUGGUCCCUCAGGUACUGGCAAAACUCUCCUGGUUCGUGCUCUAGCUGGGGAGCUAGGCGUCCCUUUGAUCCGCGUUUCGGCGCCCGAACUGGUAUCGGGAGUGUCGGGCGGAUCGGAGGAGCGGAUCCGUGAGUUGUUCGAGCAAGGCAAGCGUGUGGCGCCGUGCAUUGUGUUCCUUGACGAGGUGGACGCCAUCACGCCGCGACGUGAGAACACUCAAAAGGACAUGGAGCGACGCAUUGUGGCGCAGUUGAUCACAUCGCUUGACGAACUGUCCGAAUCGCCGGCAGGCAAGGAGAUACUAGUGGUGGGCGCUACGAAUCGUCCGGACGCCAUGGAGCCGGCACUGCGGCGAGCGGGCCGCUUCGACCGCGAGAUCUGCCUGGGCAUUCCGGACCGCGCCGCCAGGAGGGAGAUCAUAGCACUGCUCAGUCGGCAGCUGAGUCUGGCCGCCGAUGUCAGUCUGGAUCGCAUCGCUAUGGCCACGCCCGGCUAUGUGGGCGCCGAUCUCAAGGCGUUGCUCACCGAGGCUGGUAUUGCCGCUGUUACCAGAAUUGUCGACAAGAAAAUAAAAGAAACAGUGGAACUGGAGCGAGCCAAGGAAACGGCGGACGUGCCAAUGGUGGAGACCGCUGCAGAGGGGGCAGAAGGAGGGGGAGAGCCGGCCGCCAAAAAGAUGAAAACGGGGGACGGUGGUGGAGAGAAGGAUGUGUUGGAGAAGGGGGUGGUGGAAGAGGUUGUGGUGGGAGGGGAAGCAGCGAAAGAUGAGGGGAAAACUAGUGGGGAGGCCACGGCUAGUUCUAGUGGCAAGACUGCUGAGAAGAAGUUGGAACAACAGGAGGAGCCGAACUUCCUGAACUACAAAUGGCAGCUGUCGCGACAAGAGCUGGCCGCACUGAGCAUAGAGAACGCUGACUUCGAAGUGGCCAUGAAGAAAGUGCAGCCAUCAGCGAAACGCGAAGGCUUUGCGACUGUGCCUGACGUCACGUGGGACGAUGUCGGGUCAUUGCAAGACAUCAGGCAGGAGCUCAAGUUGACUAUUCUGGGUCCAGUGCAGUUCCCCGGGGCGUUUGCGUCGCUGGGGUUGAGCGCUGCGAGUGGGGUACUGCUGUGUGGUCCACCCGGUUGCGGCAAGACCCUCCUCGCCAAGGCCAUUGCCAACGAGGCUGGCAUCAACUUCAUCUCGGUCAAGGGACCCGAACUACUAAAUAUGUAUGUGGGUGAGAGUGAGAGAGCCGUGCGACAGUGCUUUGUCCGUGCCCGCAUCUCGCAGCCCUGUGUCAUAUUCUUCGAUGAAAUCGACGCACUUUGUCCAAAGAGAUCCGACUUCGGAGAUGGUGGCGCGAGUGCCCGUGUGGUGAACCAGCUGCUAACGGAGAUGGAUGGCGUGGAGGGGCGGACGGGGGUGUUUGUGAUGGCCGCCUCCAACCGACCCGACAUCCUGGACCCGGCAGUUCUGCGACCUGGACGCAUUGACAAGAUACUCUACGUUGGCCUUCCCAACGCUGCCGACCGUGUAGAUAUAUUGCGUGCGCUCACUAAGAACGGGACACAACCGACGCUAUCGGCCGACGUGGAUUUGGCCGCCUUGGGCGCAAGUGAGGCGUGCGCCGGCUACACGGGCGCCGACCUGGGCGCACUGGUGCGCGAGGCGUCCAUCGAGGCGCUAAAGGAGAUGAUAGGGGCGCAUGCACCCAGCAGUGCUGCCGCAGCCCAGUCACAAUCCUCUAUAAGUGUAGCCGCAAGACAUUUCACCGCUGCCCUCGCCAAAGUCAAGCCGUCUGUAUCGGAAAUGGAUCAAAAGCGGUACGCAGAACUGAAAUUGAAAUACUCAGCUACUCCAGCUGUACAAACUAUGGAAAUAUCCGAAUAAGACAAUCCUUGGUCAAAUUCUGUGAAGGCCUAAAGAUGUAAAAAUAAGGUGUAUCUAUAGUUUGGGAUCAAUACCACACAGUUCAAAUUGUUUGAUAUAUCACCAAAGUGUAUUGGACCUUCAAGACAAUUUUGUAAGAAAAAUGUUGUACAGUGUUAGUUUUGAGAAACAAUCAAUCCGUACCUACCUAUAUGAGUUUUGUUGUUAUAAUUUCCGAAUUUGAAAAUUACUUCAGUUGAAUUGAAGCAGGAGUGGUGAUGUGAUACUUAACAAAAAUUCGAAUAAUCGGAAUUUUAAAAAAAAUUGGGGUGAAUCAUGUUUUGUUACAAGUUCUCAUAAAAAAAUGCCACUUGUUUAAUUUUUACCUGAUUGUAAGUCAAUUUGAUUGAUUGUAGUUGUUCAUAGUUAAGAAUGUGUGACUAAAUUGUGUAUAGUUGUUAGUAGUAGAAUUACUAUAGAUUCAGUUGAAGCAUUUGUGUUAAAUUUUUGCGUUUAAUCUUACUGAGUGAGUUCUUGUUAUUUUGUAGACAGUAAAUCGGGUUUAAUUUUUAAAACUAAUAAGUGAUUGCUGGACAAUAUAAAUUAUUUUUAUAUCAUUCUAUUUGUGAACAAUCAAAAUAUGAGAAAUGUCUUCAUAAAAUGUUAAUGUUCAUUCUGUUCAAUUCAAAUCCUCCUACCAACCAAUUUGACCAUCAAAUUGAAUUGUAUUGUUGUCAGUUUGUGCCAAAUUUAUUCUCUUUAUUGAUGCUAAACCGUAUUGACUAGGAUGACUCAUAGAGAGGUCCAUCAAAUCCCAACUCCACCUGAUAUAGAGCAUUUCCAUACAUACUUGUUUGUUGUGAUUACAGUUAAAAUAAUUUGCCUGAUUUCACCAUGCUCCGUUAAGCGAAUAAUAUUUUAAAAUGUAUACUGGAAUAUUAUCGAUAGUAACUAUCGCCAUAGAAAUUAUAUGUUUCAGUGCACUCGCUGAAAAGCGUACCUGAUUUGGUGAUAGCGGGCAUCAAUUUGAUUUCCCAUAUUUUGAUUGUUACAUUGAUCUCGGAAUAAUUUGCCGCUCUUGACAGAAAUAAAUUGAUAUUAUUUGUUGUAGUUACAUUGUUUACAUAGUUACAUUUGUUGUAGUAGAUUGGUUAGAUAUUUUUUAAGAAGAGAAUAAAUGUUUAUAAAUUAAA